UAUAAUUUAACUAAUUUUAAUUAAUAAUUAUUAUGUUUUCUUAAUUACUUAGUAAAGAAAAUAAAUACGGCUCACUUAAAAUGAAAUCUUUUAUUUCGCAUAGUAGCGAGCGUAACUUAAAACAUAAUAAAGAAAUUGCAAAGAACAAUGAAAGUAAAGACCCACUGGACAAUAUUACAUUUAAAGUGAUCGGUGAUUUUGGAAAAUGGCAGUUUAAAACUGCAUUGCUCAUGGCUUUAUUGAAAUUGCCAAUGGCAUGGUAUCAGUUAAAUAUUCUGUUUCUUGCUCCUCCGCAAAACUUUUGGUGCGAAAAACCUAUGAUAUUGAGCCAAUACUCUGAUGGUGAAUGGCGCGAUAUAUGUGCUCCUAAAAUAGAAGAACAUCCUUGUCUAAUAUUUGACCCAGACAUUCUUGCUAUCGCCCCAUAUUUGGACAGAGCUUUGAUACCAUUGGUUCCAUGUCAAAAAUUUGUGUAUGACACAUCAAUUUUUACCCGAACGAUUAUAUCGGAUUGGAAUUUGGUUUGCACAAGACAUUGGUUGAUACAUUUUACUCAAGCUGUGAUGAUGUGGGGUGUAGUAUGUGGCGGCAUAUUGUUCCCGAUGUGGGCUGACAGAUACGGAAGAAAGAACCCUCUAAUGGCCGGUAUAGUGAUUCAGUGUGUCGCCGGAUUCGUGACAAGUGUUGUUAAACAAUAUUGGAUCUUCAUGAUGAGCUGGUUUAUUUUGGCUGUUGCGGUCGGUGGAUUGGGAGUCGUUUCGUUCGUCAUGAGUAUAGAGGUGGUCAGUGGUAAAUGGCGUACAGUUAUACCAAUAUUAUAUCAAGUGCCCUUUGGUGUUGGCAAUGCAAUAUUAGCUGGACUCGGAUAUUUUCUAAGAGAUUGGAGGCAUUUGGAAUUCUCAUUAUCUAUGAUAUCUUCGUUAUUUAUUUUGUACUAUUUUGCUAUUGAAGAGUCGCCUCGGUGGCUUUUAGCUACGGGUCAAACGCAAAAGGCUUAUGAAAUUAUGGAGAAAGCUGCUAAAAUAAAUGGACGAGAGCACAUACUAAAGGAUAUGAAACAUUUAAUUAUAAAUCAAGUCCAAAAACAGAAUACACCCGGUUUUAUGGCAUUUAUUAAAUCUAAGUUUAUGAGAAAAAAUACAGUACUAUUGUCAUUGAAUUGGUUUUGUACUGGACUUUCUUUUUUUACAUUCUCUCAAUACCUCGGUUACGUGGGAUCAAAUAUUUACUUAGCUAUAUUGUUGUCUGGGUUAAUAUCAAUCCCAGGCUGUUUGCUUUGUCUACUAAUAAUUACGAGGUUUGGUAGAAAAACCACUGUUUGGGUAUUUCAAAUAAUAUCCUCAUUUUGCUUCCUCAUUAUUUUAUUAAUACCAAAGGAAGUGUUCACGAAUGAUUGGCCUCGACUGAUGGUUGCUGGUAUUGGAUUUGCGGGAUUAUCGGGUGCAGUACCAGCUUUAUUUCUUUAUUCGGGGGAACUAUUUCCAACACUGGGUCGUAACGCAGGUGUCGGUGGUGUGACAACCUUUGCUCGGAUUGCUUCUAUGGUUGCUCCUGGAAUUGUUUCCUUGGACGAAAUAUUUGCAGACUUACCUCUUAUAUUACUUGCUUUUGUAUCUUUCUGUCAGUUAACCUUACUUCUGCCACUGCCAGAGACAAAAGGUCUACCUUUACCUGACACUUUGGAAGAUGCAGAACGAUAUUCAACAAACCAAAACAUUAGGCAUGGAGGAAGGAGAAAUAAGAAAUAAAAAAAAUUAUAACUAUUUAUUAUGUUCACACCUUUAAUAAAAAUAAGAUAUUUUAAUAAUUUAUACAAAAUGAUUCAGUCUAUGGAAUUCCAC